ACAUUGAAGGAAAUACGUGAAAGUAUUCCGAAUGCGUUGUUUAGAAAGAGCACCGGGAGGGCUAUCCUAUACCUUGUCAGAGAUGUAGCUUUCGCCGCUUUAUUUGCGACAUCAGUGUAUCACUUGGAUGCCGCUGCAUGCCGGGUCGGAGCUGUGAGCAUCAUAGCCACAAUCUCAAGAUGUUGGUGGUUCCAAGGUCUCGUCUUCACCCGAAUAUGGGUCAUAGGUCAUGAGUGUGGACAUUCCGCAUUUUCUGACUCCCAUACUAUGAAUAACGUCGUCGGUUUUAUAACCCACACCGCAUUAUGGACACCUUACUUCAGCUGGAAGAUAUCUCACCACAGGCACCACAGCUAUCACGGGUCUAUGGAAAAGGAUGAGGUAUAUGUCCCUAAAACUCGCGCGGAUAUCGGAUUGCCGCCAGCACAUCACAGCGCAGAUGAAAUCGAAGCUCACUUUAGUGAUACCCCCAUCUAUACCAUGUACAUGCUCAUCCGGCAGCAGCUUCUCGGAUUUACAACAUAUCUGAUGUUCAAUGUCUCGGGGCAGAAGCGAUAUCCAAGAUUUACUAAUCAUUUCAAUCCCGAGUCCGUUCUCUUUACGAAGGAGCAACGCAACGCUGUUAUGGUAUCCAACCUGGGACUUGCUAUCCAAGGUGCAUUGUGCUACAAUGCCAUACAAAUCUGGGGAACCGCGGCUUUUAUCAGAUAUUACGGCCUUCCAUGGCUGGCAGUAAAUCACUGGUUCAUGAUGAUUACUUACCUCCCCCACACAAACUCAGAAAUUCCUCAUUACCGAGGAAAGGUGUGGAACUUUCAACGAGGGGCGGCUGCGACAGUGGAUCGUAAUUUUCUCGGUUUGCAGGGUCGUUUAUUUCUGCAUGACGUUGCUCACUUUCACGUCAUUCAUCACUUCUUCCCGGCACUCCCUUGGUACAAUGGCGAAGAAGCUACUAAAUACCUCAAGGACUUUAUCGGCAAGCAUUACGUCCGACCAGAAGACUCUGUUUUCCGUGUAUUAUGGAAAACAUACAAUGACUGUCAGUUCGUGGAUGAUGAAGGCGAUAUUGUUUUUUACAGAAAUCGGCGCGGCGAAGUCAUGCGUGGCGUCGCUUUCUCGAAAUGA